AGUCACAAUGCUGUGGAGAGGGUGAAUGGGUGGGGUGGUAGUGGUGGUGGUGGGUGCAUUUAAGAGAGCAGUAGGUGGGAGUGGAGUCUGACCGCAGAGGGUCUACUGUUUAAGAGAAAGAGAAUUCUCUCUUUCACUCACUCUCUCCCUCCCUCUCCCUCUCUCUCUCUCUCCUCACUGGCUGCACAUCAGCCGGCUCUCUAGGUAGACUCGAGUAAACACUCAAAGAGAACAGAGAGAAGAGGGAAGAUGACAGAGCUGUCAGCACUCUGAGAGAUACAGACCGGUGAGAACAUUUGUCAGGGCUGGCUGAUAAGACUCUCAACACGGCUUCUGCUUAGGUUUUCUCAUCAGUGGAGAGGCUGUGAGCGCUGUGUGCGAGCUGCCUCCUCAGACGCUGCAGUGCCGGGACAUCAUCAUGGGGAUGAAAGGCAUCUUCUUGGGCUGCUUCACCGUUGCCCUACUCCUCCAGCUCUCCUCAGCUGGCCUGGUCAAGAAGGUCAUUCGCCACCGGAGAGAAGCCCUGAUGCCCAAGAAAACCCAGGAGAACCUCACGCUGCCCCACCCCGACCAGCCCGUAGUGUUCAACCACGUCUACAACAUCAACGUCCCCUCCACGUCCCUCUGCUCCGUGGACCUCAACUCACCUGGAGGCACCGAGCUCAAACACAAGGCCGCCCCAGUGGACAUGCAGAACACCGAGCACAUGGAGCACACGGUGGAUGGCGACAAUCAGAUCGUUUUCACCCACCGCAUCAACAUCCCCAAGCAGGCGUGUGGCUGCGACAGCCAGCUGCCAGACAUCAAAGACAUCCUGAACAGGCUGGAGAUGCUGGAGUCGGAGCUGUCUACUCUGAGGGAGCAGUGCAGCAGCGGAGCAAGCUGCUGUGGAGCUCAAGUUACCGGUGAAGUGUCCACAAAGCCCUACUGUAAUGGACGUGGGAACUGGAGCACUGAGACCUGCAGCUGCGUUUGUGAGUCCGGAUGGAGGGGCCCCAAUUGUACCGAGCCUGAGUGCCCCAACGACUGCCAGGACCAGGGCCGCUGUGUGGACGGCAAAUGUGAAUGCUUUGAGGGCUUCGGUGGGGACGACUGCGGUAUUGAGAUGUGCCUGCUGGACUGUGGAGACUACGGUCAUUGUGUUGACGGGUCCUGCCUCUGUGAAGAGGGCUUCAUAGGUGAGGACUGCACCCAGACCAACUGCCUCAACAACUGCCUGGGCCGCGGCCGCUGUGAGGACGACGAGUGUGUCUGCGACCAACCCUGGACGGGCUUCGACUGCUCUGAACUCAUCUGUCCCAAUGACUGCUAUGACCGAGGACGCUGCAUCAACGGCACCUGCUACUGCGACGAGGGCUUCACUGGGGAGGACUGUGGCGAGCUCAGUUGUCCUGGCAACUGCAACAACCGUGGCAUGUGUGUGAAUGGCCAGUGUGUGUGUCAGACCGGCUACAGCGGAGAGGACUGCUCAAAACUCACCUGCCCCAAAAACUGCAAUGAGAGAGGCCACUGCUUUAACGGCAAAUGCAUCUGUGAUCCAGGAUUCGAAGGCGAAGAUUGCUCCGUCCUCUCGUGUCCUGACAACUGCAGCAACAGAGGCCAGUGCAUUGCCGGAGAAUGUGUGUGUGACGUAGGCUACCAGGGUGAAGACUGUAGUGAGCUCUCCUGCCCCAACAACUGCCAAGACCGUGGCCGCUGCGUUAACGGGCAGUGUAUCUGUGACAAAGGCUUCGCAGGGGAGGACUGCAGCAUCAAGACGUGUCCCAAAGACUGCAUGGGACGUGGAGAGUGUGUGGAUGGGAAGUGCGUGUGUUUUGCUGGGUUUACAGGGAAGGACUGCAGCGAGCUGACCUGCCCCAAUGACUGCCUGGACCGCGGCCACUGCAUCAACGGACAGUGUGUCUGCCAUAAGGGCUUCACCGGUGAAGACUGCAGCGAGAAGACGUGUCCAAAGAACUGUCUGGACAGAGGUUACUGUGUGGAUGGCACCUGCGUGUGUUAUGAGGGUUUCACCGGUCCGGACUGCUCCACGCUGACCUGCCCAGGAGACUGCCAGAACCAGGGCCGCUGUGAGAACGGAGUGUGUGUCUGUGACGAAGGCUUCAUCGGAGAGGACUGCUCUGACGUGUCUCCACCCAAGGACCUAACAGUGGUGGAGGUCACCCCAGAGACGGUGGACCUGUCCUGGGAAAAUGAAAUGCGUGUGACGGAGUACCUGAUCACCUAUAUGCCCACGGCCCCUGGAGGUCUGGAGCUGGACAUGCGUGUGCCCGGUGACCAGAAGAUGGCCACUGUUCGGGAGCUGGAGCCCGGCGUGGAGUAUCUGAUCAGCGUCUAUGCUGUGCUCAGCAACAAGAAGAGUGUUCCUGUCAGCGCUAGAGUGGCAACACAUCUUCCUGAGCCUGAGGGACUCAAGUUCAAGUCAGUGCGGGAGACGUCAGUGGAGGUGCAGUGGGACCCGCUGGACAUCCCCUUCGAUGGUUGGAACCUCAUCUUCAGAAACACAAAAGAGGAGGACGGUGAGAUCCUUAACUCCCUUGGCCGCCCAGAGACCACCUUUGAGCAAUCUGGUCUGGGUCCAGGCCAGGAGUAUGAGGUCAAACUGGAGGUGGUGAAGAACAACAAGCGUGGACCGCCUGCCUCCAAGAACGUCGUCACAAUGAUCGAUGCCCCCAGCCAGGUGGACGUCCGCGAUGUGACCGACACGACGGCGCUGGUGACCUGGUUCCAGCCCGUGGCGGACGUGGACGGGGUCAGCGUCUCCUAUGGCCCCCACUCUAACCCUGCCGACCGCAGUGUGGUGCAGCUGUCCUCCACCGACACCCAGUACCACCUGGGAGGCCUCACCCCCGACACCCAGUAUGAGGUGUCUCUGACGGCUCGGAGGGGCGACCAGGCCAGCAAUCCUGUCCAUGAAUCUUUCCUUACAGACCUGGACGCCCCCAGAGACCUGCAGACGGUGGAGCUGACAGACGAGAGCAUCACUCUGGAGUGGACGAACAGCCAGGCACACGUGGACAACUACCGCAUCAAGUAUGGCCCUCUGUCUGGAGGCGACCACGGAGAGCUGCUGUUCCCAGGACCCAAGGACUCCACCCAGGCCAAGAUCACUGGCCUUAGACCCGGUACAGAGUAUGGGAUGGGAGUGACGGCGGUGAAAGAUGAGCGGGAGAGUCUGCCUGCAACCACCAACGCAGUGACCGCCCUGGAUGCCCCCAAAGACCUGAGUGUGGUGGAGGUGACAGAGACCACCAUGAUCCUGGAAUGGAAGCGACCCCUGGCCAAACUAGACUCCUACAGACUGGUCUACAUUUCAGCCGAUGGCCACCGGGCUGAAGACGUUGUCCCAGGCAGCUCUGAGUCUCACACCCUGAGGGCCCUGACGCCCGGCAUGCUGUACACCAUCAGCAUCAGUGCAGAGAGGGGCCGCAGGACCAGCGUACCCGCCACCAUCUCAGCACCCACAGAGGAAGAGAAGCCCGUGGUGACCAACGUCACGGUCAGCGACGUAUCAUGGGACAGCUUCCUCCUGUCCUGGUCUGCCAAGGACGGGGCGUUCGAAGCCUUUCUGAUCGAGGUUACCGAUGCAGAGACGGGCGCUGAGUGGCAAAACCACACGGUGUCCGCCGAUGCUCGCCGUCUCAGCAUCACUGGCCUCUCCCCAACCACCUGGUACAGGGCCAGUUUGUACGGGGUGUACAGGGGGGUCCUCUUAGACCCUGUGUUUGCAGACACCAUCACAGACCUGGGUUCACCCAAAGGCAUCCGAUUCUCUGAUGUCACCGACACGUCUGCCACCGUCCACUGGGUGACUCCCAGAGCUCGGGUGGACAGUUACCAGGUCACCUAUGUGCCGGCCCACGGAGGUAAUGCGAAGACACUGACGGUGGACGGCUCUGAGUCUCAGACUGUGCUGCCCAACCUGACGCCCGGGGUCACGUAUGAGGUCACUGUUGUCGCCGUUAAGGGUCAGAGGGAGAGCGAGCCUGGAUCUGACAGCGUCACCACAGCUCUGGAUAAACCCCGUGGUCUGACUGCAGUUAACAUCACCGACACUGAAGCUCUGCUGCUCUGGCAGCCGGCUAUUGCUACUGUAGACGGCUACGUCAUCACCUACACAGCAGAUUCAGUGGCUCCAGUCAUGGAGCGAGUGUCUGGAAAUGUGGUGGAGUUUGAGAUGAGCUCUCUGACGCCGGCGACACACUACACUGUGAAGGUCUACGCUGUGAGGGAUCUGGCCAAAAGCGCAGCCACCACAACCGAGUUUACCACCGACGUGGACGCCCCUCAGGACCUGGCAGCCAGUAACAUCCAGACAGAGAACGCCAUGCUGACCUGGAAGCCUCCUCGCGCUGACAUCACCGGCUACAUCCUCAGCUUUGAGCCUGUAAAAGGCACCCCACGGGAGGUGAUCCUGAGUCCCACUGCGGUGUCGUACAACAUGGCUCAGCUCAGAGCCUCCACAGAGUACUCCAUCAAGCUGCAGGCCCUCGCUGGUCCUAAGAGAAGCAGAGUCAUCACCACCGUCUUCACCACCACUGGCGUGCUCUACAGACACCCCAGGGACUGCUCCCAGGCGCUGCUGAACGGUGACACCUCCUCAGGCCUGUACACCGUCUACCUGGGUGGAGAUGAGAGCCAGCCCCUGCAGGUCUACUGUGACAUGGGUACUGAUGGAGGCGGAUGGAUCGUUUUCCUCCGACGCCAGAGUGGCAGACUGGAGUUUUUCCGUAACUGGAAGAACUACACAGCCGGCUUUGGUGACAUGAAUGAUGAAUUCUGGCUCGGUCUGUCCAACCUGCAUAAGAUCACAGCUGGAGGUCAGUACGAGCUGCGAGUCGACCUGAGAGAUAAGGGAGAGACUGCCUACGCCCAGUACGACAAGUUCUCCGUCUCUGAACCUCGGACCCGCUACAAAGUCCAUGUAGGAGGAUACAGCGGCACAGCAGGUGACUCUAUGACCUACCAUCACGGUCGUCCAUUCUCCACCUAUGACCACGACAACGACAUCGCCGUCACCAACUGUGCUCUGUCCUACAAGGGAGCCUUCUGGUAUAAAAACUGCCACCGGGUCAACCUGAUGGGACGAUAUGGAGAUAACAGUCACAGCAAGGGUGUGAACUGGUUUCACUGGAAGGGCCAUGAGCACUCGAUUGAGUUUGCUGAGAUGAAGAUUCGGCCAUCGAACUUCAGAAACCUGGAGGGAAGGAGGAAACGAUCAUAGAUAAUCUGGAAAGUUCAGCCACCGUGAAACAACAACAACAACAUUACUGCUACUAUUCUGUCUGGACUCCCCGUAAACCACCUCAACUUCCACACCCACCCAUCUUGCAGCGACCAAAGCCACUGCCAAGAGCCCUGCUGCCUCCACGCAAAACCAACACUCCUCCCCUCAUCCAAUCUGCUCAAAGAUCAGCCUCGACUCCAUGAACCUCUCCCCUCCCUCACACUUCCCCUGUGAUACGGUUGUGCAAAUGCUGCCAGUGCGGAAAUCGAUGUGCAUGCUACAAACUGGACUUAAUUCAAAGCCCACACAGAUUCUGCUCACGCACCAAAGAGAGCAACUUCAUCUCACCUGAUUCUGAUCCCGUCUCUUGUGUUGCAGCGUUCGUGGGGAGGCGUGAGUGCAGCUCAGGCAACAUGCUGUGUACAGUCAUUAGUACAGUUCCCUAUUUCACAUUUACACCAUGUCUGGGGUUUACAGAAAAGACAGGCUGUUUAUAGUACCACGUGGUCCUGUUUAGAACCAGGGCCUCUUUGCUAAAAGCGAUAUUUCAGCUGGGUUAUCAGAGAAAUUCUGUUGGUUGUACAACACUGUACAAGUAUACAUCUGACUUAAACAUUUGAAAAGAGAUGCUCCUCAGAUGGCACUGCUCAGAUAUCUCCAUCUAACUUGCCAUUUGUUUGUCUUUGUGCAACUUAACUUGUCUCAGUGUCACUUUAUUUCACCCCCAUCCCUCCACACGAGCCAACAUCAGAAGUGAUAGCGAUGGAAAUGAAAAGAGAAAAAAAAUCUAUGGAAAAGUAUUUUACCCUCCGCGUCCCAUGUCCAUGGCGAUGUUUCCAUUUUUGACGUGAGCCCUUGAAGGCGUCAUGCUGCAGCCACAGUAUUGUGUUUGAAAAAGCUACAGAGAAAAGAAAUUUUGUUUUGUUUCUCAAAUGAAUCUGAGGCAGGACCUAUUAUUCAGUGUAUAAUGACAUGCGGUGAUUACAUUUUUUGUUCUUACUUUUUGGAAAAUGUGAAUACAGUACGUAUAUGUGCAACUAGAGAAUGUUAUGUGAUGCUCGAAACAUUGAAAAAGGCCAACUCCAAUUGAAUUCCAGUUGUCAUAGUAAGGUCUCUGUGCUUAUGUUGAUGAAAUAGUGUUUGGACAGGCCAAAACUAGAGAACUAGUUACUGUUUCUCCCCCCCUGCCCUCCCCAGGACCCACCCACCUGCCCCACACCCUCCCUUCUCCCCCUCUGCUACAGCAGGAUACUAAACCACUGACCUUCUAAAGAAUGCCUGUGUAAAUUAAGUUUGUUUUUAUUGUUUUGUUUGUUUAUAACUGGGUGAAAAACAGGUGUUUCUCUGUGAACUGUAUUACAAUAAAACAGUUUGUUUAAAAGUA